AGGUGUCCCAGUUAAAAAUGCAAGUUUUGACGCGUUUUAAUUAAAUCUUUUAGACAUGUCACGUCCCAGCUUUAGUUAAUCACGGGGGGAACUCAUUUCGUGAAACUAACACUUAGUCGCCUCAUGCAAAUCUAGAAGCUGGUGUUUUAAAGCUAAACAAAAAGUUUGUCUCAGUUAGUUUUCCUCGUUUUUAGCGUCUGUUUGUGGAUUCAGAAACCUCCCGAGUUAAAAAAAAAAAAAAAACCGUCUGAUUAGUUUUAAUCGAACCGCAGAGCUGAAGUUCCCCCAUUGGACAGAGCAGCUCUCUCAGUCGGACGUUUAUGUAAAUCCGCCCCCGAAUAUGGACACGGAGGAAUGAAAUAUGGUGGAGGAGGCGAACAUGGAGGACUCGAGCCCCGCUGCGGAGCCUUCAGGGGCGGCUUGUUGAGGCGGGGGGGGAAGUGGAUGUUCCUUCGGCGGAGAACCGCUCGGCUCGGCGGGGCUGUUUCACAUUCGCGGCUCUUUUUCUCCAGUUUGCCUCGUCGGAGUUURGUAGUAAUGCAGUGAGGAGGUUUUGUUCUGGGGGUGGGGGGAUUAAAAAGAAGGGCAGAGAGGGGGGCUCCAGUCCUCUCGCCGUCUCGACGCUAUGCCGUGGGUGAGCGGCUGUAAGCGGAGGGAGAGCUCCGAGCUGCCGCUGCCCGCGGGCUGGGAGGAAGCCCGGGACUUCGAUGGAAGAGUCUUCUUCAUCGACCACAACACCCGGCAAACUUCGUGGAUUGACCCCAGAGACAGAAUCACCAAACCACUGACUUUUGCCGACUGUGUUGGAGAUGAACUGCCUCUGGGUUGGGAGGAGGUCUACGACCAGCAAGUGGGAGUUUACUACAUCGACCACAUCAACAAGACCACCCAGAUUGAGAACCCGCGGACUCAGUGGCGGCAGGAGCAGGAGCGCAUGUUGAAGGAGUACCUUGUGGUGGCCCAGGAGGCCCUCAACGCCAAGAAGGAAAUGUACCUGGUCAAGCAGCAGCGACUGGAGCUGGCUCAGCAGGAGAUGUUGCACUUCCAUGAGCUUUCUGAGGACAACCACUCUAUCACCAGCACUCUCUCCAGCUCGUCUUCAAACGCGAAAUAUGACCCCGAUCAAAUCAAAGUGGAAAUAGUCUGUCGACGAGAGCGGCUCUCCAGACUGAAGCAGGAGCUGGCCCAGGUGAAGCAGGAGCUGCAGUAUAAGGAAAUGGGAGUGGAGACCCUGCAGGAGAUUGACAGGAAAAUGUCUUGCAGUCAGACAAACUACAAGCUGGAUGAGGCUCAGGCCAUCUUCACUGAGCUGCGGAGCAUCAAGAAGGCCAUCAGCACAGGCGAGAAGGAGAGGCAGGACCUCAUCCAGAGCCUGGCUAAGCUGACGWUGAACUUCCAGAGCAGCCUGUCAAUCACUGACUCGACCAGCGAGGCGGUGAACAGCACCGUAACCGUCGGAAACUCGUGCAAUCUGCAGCAGUACUGUGACACCGGCUGUCAGACUGACAUCAUGGGAGAGUUUGCUUCUCAAAAUUCCUCCCAUCUGGUGGACAAGGUGAAACUAAACUGGCAGUACGAGGAAGCCAAGAAAAAGGUGCAGAGCAUUCAGCACCAGCUGGCGCAGCUGGACAGUGAGAGCUGGUCGGGACGGGCUGAGGCGGACCGCGACCGCGACUUCCUGCAGCUGCUUCGUGAGAAGGAGGCCCUCCUGCAGGAGCUGAUCCUGGUCAGCAAGCAGCAGCACCCGCCAGAGACGCUGCUGCAGCUGGAGGAGGAGCGCUCCAGGCUGGAGGAGGAGGUGCAGAGGGCCUACAACUCCCAAAGCCAGGGAGCCAAUCAGAGGAUCCUGCAGCAGGAGAAGAGGAAUGCUCUGCUCAGGCAGCUGCAGGAGACGACUCGCAUCACCACCUACCUUCAUUCCCAACUGAAAAGCCUGUCAGCCAGCUCUCUGACGGUGUCCUCCAGCAGUAGCCGUGGCUCUCUGGCCUCCAGCCGAGGCUCGCUGGCGUCCAGCCGAGGYUCGCUCAGCUCCAUCAGCUUCAGUGACAUCUACGGCGUCCCGCAGUACGAGGGCGCCGGAGAGCCUCUGGAUGCCCACGUGCGUUACCUGCUUCCUCCAGAGGGUGUGCCCAGAGACUGCCCGGCGUUCUCUCCCGAGCCCCCAAUCCAGAACAAAGCCAAACGCUCGCACGACACCCCGCAGUCCCUGGCCUCCCUCUCCUCCCGCUCCUCACUCUCCUCCCUGUCGCCUCCCAGCUCCCCGAUGGACACGCCGUACCACUCCGCCCCCCAGGACUGCCCCCUCACCCAGAUGACGGAGGAGUACAUGGAGCAGGCAAGCCGCCGCCUCCUGGAGGGGCUGCGGGCCCAGUCUCAGACGUYGUCCCAGUCCUCGGCAUUGAGCAGCGAGGACCCGGCGAGCCCCGCUGCCACGCUUCAGCUGGACGCAAAGAUUCCCAAAGACAGCGGCGGUCAGGCCUACACCUCCACAGGAGUGACUCUGAGGGGAAACAGCGCUAACAGGAGCAGCAGGAGAGCCAGGAGAGUCUCUGCAGGAGUUUCUGAGGACGCGUUGGCAACCGACAGCGGUGUGUUCGAGGCRUGGGGCAAGAGGRCAGAGGACUUUGAUGAGCUGUCCUACAUGAAAGAACUGACCCCUGCAGGCGAGACUACUCAGAUCCAGCUGGGACUGCUGUGGGAGUCUGCCUCUCAGUCUCUCCGGCUGCACCUGCUGCAGCUGAAGAAUCUGAGCUGCUCCAGCGUGAGAGAAGGCUAUAAAGUUUUCGUGAAGGUGCACUUGAUUCCACUGGAUGCCAGCAGGGCCUGUGCGUUUUACUGCUGUACCGCUCUGGAGCCUCAGUGCCACAUGGGUUUCAACGAAGGCUUCCGUAUACCCGUUCCCGCUGACACCCUGGCGGUGUGCGGCCUGCAGUUGUCCGUCUGCUCGCUGGGACCUCAGGCUCAGGAGGAGCUUCUGGGCACGACCCAGCUCAGCCUGGCAGACUGCGAGGGAAACCCAGACAUGGUGUACCACUGGCUGCCGGUCCAAAUGAACAGUGAUUCACACAGACCAGAACAUAGGAGUCUGGCCAACUGCAGACACGACAGCCAGGAUGAUGAGCAGAGACCCAGAGCCGUGGAAACUACUGCAUGUAAUCUGCUGUCACUUAAGGCCGCCGCCCACUUGGAGGAGCGAGAUGCAGAGCUGGAGCUGCGGAGGUUGAAGAGGGAGGAACACGGGGAGGCCACGUCUGAAAGGAGUUGGCAGGCCAAGUCUGUGGACAGUGGCUGCAGCAACAGCACAGCCUUUGCAGCUCCCUGCUCUGAGGGUCUUAGCCUGACCACCGGGGGGCGCUGUGAUCAGACACCAAGCAAACUGUCUGCAGUAAAGGUGGAGAAGGCCACAAUGACUGAGGGUCCGUUCCCGGAGCCGGUGCGGGUCCGGCCCAAAGAGAGGGGCAGCCGCUGGGGCCACGCCUCUCCGUUCAUGCGCAGCAGCACCAUCGUCCGCUCUCAGACCUUCUCCCCUGGCGCUCGGAACCAGUACGUCUGCAGGUUGUACCGCAGUGACAGCGACAGCUCAACUUUACCAAAGAAGUCUCCAUUUGUCAGAAACACACUGGAGAGAAGAACACUGAGAUACAAGCAGCAAUCGUACCGCUCCUCCCUGGCUGAGCAGCCAACACGCACCUCCCUGGACCUGGAGCUGGAUCUCCAGGCCUGCAGGACUCGUCAGAAGCAGCUGAUGGAGGAGCUGAGCGCCCUGAGAGAACUCAAGCUGCGACUGGAGGAGCCAAAGUCCAGCAAGGCCGCGGAGCUCCCAAACUGGGCCCUAAGGGACGAGCGCUUCCGCCACCUGCUCCGAGAGGCCCAGAGACAGGCUGGCCAAAGCAAGCAGGAGCAGCGUCAAGAGGAGGCAGCAGAGCGGAGGCUGAGGAAGGCUUCUAAAGAGGUUCUGCAGAUGAGAGGACAGAGCCAGAAGGAGCCACUGCCCGUGCAGACAUUCAGCUUUACUAGUUUGCUGUGUUUGCAGAGAGAAGAUGGCGUUUUUCACCAGACCCCGGGUCAACAUACCUCCUCUACCAGCUGACGAUGUAUGAGGCUGCAUCACACAUGAAGUUUUGUUUUUGAGCUCCUGAAGUACAAAGUCCUGUCUGCUGCAGGAAACGUGACCUGCACAUGAAGAUCCAAAUGCUUCCUUUUUCAGAGGCAUUGGUGUGAUUUUUGAUUUUUUUUUUUUUUUACGAACAUGAAGUCAGUUACUGACAACAGCCUGACUGGACAGUUUUUUUUUUAAAUAAAAAUUUACAGUAACCCAUUAAUUUUCUGUUGUAUGAGUUACUUUUGUUUGUGCUUACAAAAGGCUGGAAGACGGGAACAAAAGUCAGUUUGGACACAUUCAUUGUACUGUAACUUAUUUUAUAGUACUUUUCCUUGAAGGAAAUAAAACGCUUCCUGCUUCUUAAAUGUAUUUUGUUGCUUUGAACAAAUAGCACUUCAGUGUUUUUAAAUACAGUAAAAUAUUGUCUAUUUUUUCUGUUACUUAAAUCUUGACGUAUUUACAUCAAAUGAUUAAUCCGCUCAUGAUUGUUUUUUGUUAAUUAUUUCAUGUACUUUUCAAUAUUUGAUAAAUAUAUAAACGACUGUA